AUGGAGUUUUCUUCAACUCGAAUUCGAAAACGCGGCGUCACCGAUUUCCUCACUUCCUACGAACACAACUGCAUUCUCCAAGACACGAUUCCACUCAAACUCGUCAAGGACUCCUAUCAAUCGAAUUGCCUCGCUCUCGACGUUUCAAAACUCAGAUACGAAGAUUGGUCGCCGCUUUUGAAUUCCCUCGCGACGGCGAAGACGAUUCAAAAAAUCCGCUUCAGCUCGAGCUGGCUCAAUUCGAAGCCAGUUCCUGUCAUUCAUCAAGAAGCGGCACAGAUUCAGACGCAAAUUGCAAACUCGCUGAAGAAACUGUUUUCAAAGAAAAAUGACCUGAACGAAUUGAGCUUUGAGCAUUUCCCGAUCAAGGGCGCUUCAAUGACUGCUCUCGGCGAAGCUCUUCUCGGCCAAUUCUGCGAAAUUUCGUCCCUUUCCUUGCGAGAUUGCUCGAUUGGCGAUUUGGGCUACUCGCGAUUGCAGAAUUUUUUGCGUGGAAACUCGAUUCUUCGAAAACUCGACGUUUCUUCGUGCGAUUUGAGCGCCGUCGCGAUGAGUAUGAUCGUCGAUACGCUGAAGAGCCAGUUCAUGAUGGGACACGGAAAGAACUGGGAAGAGAACUUGCGGGAGGAGGAAAGAAAUGUAUCGAGCACAAUCGGUUCAUCUGUGGUCGCCCUGUUUUCCUCGAUCAGCGAAGACGAUAUCCGCUGCCUGGAGCGAGUAGAGCUGCGAAACUGCGGAAUCCCAUCGAACCGCGAAGUCGACUACGCGCUGAGAGAACUCAUCGAAAACGUCCCCCAAAAGCUGUCUGUUUUCGAUCUCCGCCAAAAUCCAAUUCUUGACAAUGAUACAAGCCGGGCGUUGGUGCAGCUUUUGAUGGCGACACUGAUAGAAAAUCACCCAAAUGAUGAUUACGAAUCUUUGACGGGAUCGAGAACAAGCUUUUCGCCGAAAAAUAAUAAUAAUAAUAAGAUUGCCUCAGCAAAAAUCAACACGAAUCUGAAGCCAAGAAACCUCUCCGCGACCUACGAAGUCAUCCCUGUCCCUUCCGCCAAACAGAGCAAAAGAAAACCCAGCGCGGCGCACAAAAAGUUCCCCAAUUCAGCCGAGACCGGCUCGGACAGCGAUUUAUCCGAUGAUUUCGAAUUGGAAGAUAUGGAAUUUAUUGAUCUUCCCGGGUCGAGUAGUUCGAGUCCGAACAAGGCGGAGAAAACUGAUUGGGAAAAAUUAUAUAACGAGGAGAAAGAGAAAAGGAAAGAUGAGGAGAGGAAGAAUAAGCUUUUACAAGAUAAAUUCCAGCUUAUGUCAAAACGAAUGACCGAAAUGGAAGAAAUCGUCAGCGCAAAGAACACCGAAAUUCGCCACUUGAAAGAAGAUCAAAUCGGCCACGUCCUUGUCGACGAGAAUUUUCUGGAAAAUAUCGAAGCUACUUUUAGCAAGUUCCAAGGCUUUCUUCAGCGAUUGAAUAAUCUUGGAAUCUCAGAAAUCCAGAACUUACCGGAUUUUCAAAAUCUAAUCGAGCUCACUUCCGAUCAAUAA